AUGUCGGGCGCCGAGGUCAUCGGCAUCAUCUCUGGCGUCAUCGCUAUUAUUGACGCGACCGCGAAGAUCUAUAGCGCCGCCAACGAUGCCUCUGGCCUCCCAGAAGCCUUCCGCGAUAUUGCUACACGGCUUCCCCUUGUCUGCAAAACCCUGCAGACGGUCUCGGGAAACCUCAACAAUACCAUCCCCGACGAGGAAUGUUGCGAGGCAAUAAAGCCUGUCUUGCAGCGAUGCGAGAGUAGGGCAACACAGCUAGAGAAAAUAUUUAAGGAUGUUAUCCCACAGGCCGAUGCCUCAAGAAUGGAGCGAUACGCACUUGCCGCCCUCACCUGGGGCAAAGGAGACACGGUGGAGUCGCUUAUGAAGGGCAUUCACCCAUCCACUACUCACGAAAACGAACGAGACUCCCUACUGAGAGCGCUCAAUUGGACCGAUCCUAGAAUUGACAAGCUACGUAUCGAAAGAACAAAGGGGGGGUUAUACAAAGCCUCGUCCAGCUGGAUUCUCUCCCACCCCAGUUAUCAGAGGUGGCGUGACGGUGACACAAAGCUGCUCUGGAUCAAGGGCGGCGCCGGCAAGGGCAAGACGAUGCUGUUGAUUACCAUUACCGAGCAACUUCAAUCUCAGACCAGACUUGGCCACCCAGUCGCCAACUCGUCUUUAUCGUUCUUCUUCUGCCAGAAUACCGAUAACCGCUUGAACAAUGCAGUCGCCGUCCUCCAAGGGCUCAUAUACCUCCUACUGGUCCAAGACGUCAGUCUCUUUUCGUACCUCAAGAGUGACUACGACCGGAUGGGCAAGGACAUCUUCAAUGCCGCUAACAAUAACGCUAAUGCCUUCGACGCGCUGUCCAAUGUAUUUAAGCAGAUGGUCCAGCACCCACGGUUGGGAAACCUGUACUUGGCUAUUGACGCUCUCGACGAAUGCGAAGACGGGCUACCAGACCUCCUUAACCUGGUCAGGGAAACUACCCUCCAAGAAAAUCGUCUCAAGUGGAUCCUGACGAGCCGUAACCGGGUGGACAUCGACGAAAACCUCGCGCUUGAGAACCCGGGAGCGAAGUUGAGCCUGGAGGUGAACUCAGAAGCUGUGUCACGGGCGAUCGAAACCUACAUCAUUCACAAAGUAGCCGAAGUCUCUUCACUUCGAUCCAGUCCUGUCCAGCGAACCAUCAUUCAACAAAAGCUGCUCGAGAAGGCUGAGGGUACCUUUUUAUGGGUUGAUCUAGUAUUACGAUCUAUCCGCGGUAUCUUGGCCGAAGAUGUUGUUCGCCACAUCGACGAGACGCCACUAGGGCUACUGCCGCUUUACGAUCGGAUGAUGGGAGGUAUUAGCAAGUUUGCGAGUAACUACCGAGAUUCGUGCCUUGCAGUGCUUUCAGUGGCAACUCUGGCGUACCGCCCACUCCACAUUCUCGAGCUCCAAACGCUAGCUGGGCUCAAGUACCAAACCGCUGAUGUGGAGAGGAUCGUCGACAUGUGCGGUUCCUUUCUCACGCUGGUAGACAACCACGUCUAUCCGAUCCACCAGUCGGCCAAAGACUACCUAGUCAGUGACACCGCCGUCGAUAAGAUAUUCCCGUCUGGGAAACACGCUGUUCAACGCAUCAUCGUCGACAGAUCAAUCGCGGCGAUGCAGAAGAUACUCCGGCGAGAUGUGUAUCAGCUGGUCCAUCCAGGAGCGCUCACCCGUAACAUGGAGGCGCAGCGACCCACGCCUGAUCCCUUGCUUGGAGUGGGAUACUCCUGUACAUACUGGAUCGACCAUGUCUGUGAAACGGAUAAGGCCGACUUACAAGGCUCCCGACGUUACCGGCUAACAAAUGCUCUCGAGCAGCAUAUCGCAGGAUCAAAGAAAAGCAUCCUAAUAAGAGACUCUAUUAAGGCGUUCUUCCACACCUAUUUCCUUCACUGGCUUGAAGCGUUAAGUCUCCUCGGCGUUGUCUCAAAUGGAAUCCUCUCUCUUACUAGGCUUAGAGCCAUUGUCGAAGCAAGGACGGCCGCUUUUACAAAUCUUAUCGAAGAUGCAUAUCGGUUCAUUUUACUAAACCGAUGGCUUAUCGAACAGGCGCCACUACAGACAUACAUAUCAGCAUUGCUAUUUACUCCAGUUGGCAGUAUCAUCCGUCGAAUAUUUGUCAAAGAAGAGCCUAGUUGGGUGCUAACAAAGCCGGUUAUCGAGAAAAUCUGGAGUCCAUGUCUUCAAACAUUCGAGGGCCAUAGCGGUUGGGUUCAGUCGGUAGCCUUUUCCCCGGACGGUAGCCGAAUCGCCUCUGGAUCCAACGAUCAAACCAUCCGCAUCUGGGAUGCGAAGUCGGGCAAGGAGGUGCGGAAGCUUGAGGGCCAUAGCGAUCGGGUUCGGUCGGUAGCCUUUUCCCCGGACGGUAGCCGAAUCGCCUCUGGAUCAGACGAUCAAACCAUCCGCAUCUGGGAUGCGAAGUCGGGCAAGGAGCCGAAUCGCCUCUGGAUCCGCCGAUCAAACCAUCCGCAUCUGGGAUGCGAAGUCGGGCAAGGAGGUGCGGAAGCUUGA